UCAAGCACAGAGCAAGUGGUGGAGGAAGGCUUGAAUCUUACUUUCUCUGACUUAAAAUUUCACUCAUGAAACUGUAUCAAGGAAGGCACUCCGAGGGGUAAGAUUGUGAGACAUGGCUGAGGAGAAAAGCACCAGUGUCUCCAUUGGAAUGAGUAUGAAGGGAGGCCGGACAAACAACGGGUUUGUCCAAAAUGAAGACACCUUGGAGAGGAACUCGGAUCCAGGCAGCCCGGAGCACAGCCCGCAGCACGACACCGUGGACGUCCUCGGCCCCGCGGGGCCCGACCUGAAGGACGUCCGGCCCUACGCCGGGAUGCCCAAGGAGGUGCUGUUCCUGUUCUCAGGCCAGGCCCACUACCGGGUGCCCCGGGAGGUCCUCUUUUGGCUCACCGUGGCCUCUGUGCUUGUGCUCAUCGGGGCCACCAUAGCCAUCAUUGCCAUCUCUCCAAAGUGUCUGGACUGGUGGCAGGCGGGACCUAUGUACCAGAUCUACCCAAGGUCUUUCAAGGACAGCGACAAGGAUGGGAACGGAGAUCUAAAAGGUAUUCAAGAUAAACUAGACUACAUUGCAACUUUAAAUGUAAAAACUGUUUGGAUUACUUCAUUUUAUAAAUCAUCCCUUAAAGAUUUCCGACAUGCUAUUGAAGACUUCCGAGAAAUCGAUCCCAUUUUUGGAACAAUGGAAGAUUUUGAGAAUCUGGUUGCAGCCAUACAUGAUAAAGGUUUAAAAUUAAUAAUAGAUUUCAUACCAAACCACACCAGUGAUAAACAUGCUUGGUUUCAAUGGAGUCGGACCCGGACAGGGAAAUAUACUGAUUAUUAUAUCUGGCAUGACUGUACCCACAAAAAUGGCACCACCACACCACCCAACAACUGGUUAAGUGUAUAUGGAAACUCCAGUUGGCACUUUGAUGGAGUACGAAACCAAUGCUAUUUUCACCAGUUUACAAAAGAGCAACCUGAUUUAAAUUUCCGUAAUCCUGAUGUUCAAGAAGAAAUAAAAGAAAUUAUACAGUUCUGGCUCUCAAAGGGUGUGGAUGGCUUUAGUUUCGAUGCUGUUCAAUUUCUUCUAGAAGCAAAACAUCUGAGAGACGAGGCCCAAGUGAAUAAGACCCAAAUUCCGGACAUGGUCACACACUACUCAGAGCUGUACCAUGACUUCACCACCACACAAGUGGGGAUGCACGACCUUAUCCGCAGCUUUCGGCAGACAAUGGACCAGUAUAGCAGGGAGCCUGGGAGAUACAGGUUCCUGGGGACGGAAGCCCAUGGAGAGAGCGUUGCCAAGACCAUGAUGUACUACGGCUUGCCUUUUAUCCAGGAAGCCAACUUUCCCUUGAACAGUUACCUCAGUAAGCUAGACACCCCUUCUGGGAACAGAGUGUUUGAGGUUAUCACAUCCUGGAUGGAAAACAUGCCAGAAGGAAAGUGGCCUAACUGGAUGAUUGGUGGACCAGACAAUGCCCGGCUGACUUCUCGUCUUGGGGAGAAAUAUGUCAACAUCAUGCACAUGCUCAUUUUCACUCUGCCUGGAACUCCCAUAACUUACUACGGAGAGGAAAUAGGAAUGAGAAAUAUUUUAGCCACAAAUCUCAAUGAAACCUACGAUGCUGAUACGCUUCUCUCAAAGUCACCAAUGCAGUGGGACAACAGCUCAAAUGCUGGUUUUUCUGAAGGUAGUCACACCUGGUUACCCACCAGUUCAGACUACCACACUGUGAAUGUAGAUGUCCAAAAGACUCAGCCCAGAUCAGCACUGAAGUUAUAUCAAGAAUUAAGUUUGCUUCAUGCCAACGAGCUGCUCCUCAGCAGGGGCUGGUUUUGCUACCUGAGGAGUGACAAUCACUCUGUUGUGUACACAAGAGAGCUGGACGGCACAGACAGAGUCUUACUCAUGGUUCUGAAUUUUGGAGAAUUAUCAGUGCUAAAUCUAAAGGAAAUGAUUUCAAAUAUUCCCACAAGAGUGAGGAUAAAGUUAAGUACCAAUUCUGCCUACAAAGGCCGUGAAAUUGAUACACAUGCCAUUACACUGGACAAAGGAGAAGGACUCAUCCUUGAAUACAAUACGAAGAAUCUCCUUCAUCACCAAACAGCUUUCAGAGACAGAUGUUUUGUUUCCAACCGGGCGUGCUAUUCCAGUGCACUCAACAUACUGUACAACUCGUGUUAGGCACCUCUACGAAAGAGAUGAAGACGUGGGCAUUCUGUUCUAUUCUAAGCAUUUGCAGUAACUUCACGUUACUGCAGACUGCCGGGUAAACUUUAUGAACAGUCAUUAAUUCUUAGAUAUUUCUGUAGCUUGAAUGUAAAUGCUUUAGGAAGGGUUCUCAAAUGUUUUUUCAAGAAUAAUAAAAUGUUUAAAGAAAACUGUCA